UCCACGAUGGUUUAUGUGAAACUCAGACAGUCUGGUGCAUCCAGUGUUCUGGUUUUCCACAUUGCUGUCAUCCUCACACAGAUGUACUCAUGUAGAGGUGAGUCGCAGGUGAUUGGUCCACUGCAUCCAAUAGUGGCACUGAUUGGUGAGGACAUUAUUCUGCCGUGCUACCUGAAGCCUGUCCUGAAUGCUUUUGCCAUGACUGUGGAGUGGGCGAGGCCUGAUCUGAACCCGAGAUUCGUCCUGGUGUGGAGAGACGGUUUGGAACUCGAGUCUGAAAAGAAUCCACUGUACAGCAGUAGAACGUCACUGUUCACUGAUGAACUGAAGCACGGAAAUAUUUCACUGAAACUCUCCUCAGUGAAACUUUCUGAUCAGGGAACUUACAGCUGCUUCGUUCCAGACUUGGAUAGAGACUCUCGUAUUCAGCUUGUUGCUGGUGCUGCUUCCUCACUGGUGAACAUAUCAGAGAUCAGCAGAAACAGCAGUGCAGUGGAGUUAGAGUGUGAGUCUGCAGGCUGGUAUCCAGAGCCUGAGGUGUUGUGGAUGGACGGUGAGGGAAACCUCCUCUCUGCUGGACCUACAGAGACAGUCAGAGGUCCUGAUGGCCUCUAUGCUGUCAGUAGCAGAGUGACUGUGGAGAAGAGACACAGCAACAAGUUGACCUGCAGAGUCCAGCAGAACAACAUUAAGCAGAACAGAGAGACAUGGAUUCAUGUUCCAGAUGAUUUUGUCACAGAUCCACCUCCUCCCAGUCCCAGUUCCAGUUCAGUUGCUGCCAUCAUCGGUUUGAUUGUUGCCAUCAUGUUAACUCUUGCAGUCGUCUUCUUUGUGUGGAAAUGGAGACAAAUCAAACUGGAGAAGAUGCAGCACCAGAAGACGAACAGCUCUGGAGGAAAUGAUGCUUUAAUAGAGUCUCUGAUUGAAAGAAAGGCAGCAGAAAACGUGGAGCAAAAUCUCAAAAGUGAAAGAACAGGAUCUAACAUUCAGAUAGAAGAUGAAACACACCAGAGUCAAACUAAUAAUCAUCUGAUCCAAACACAAGAAGAAACAGAGAAACAAUCUGGUCAUGAAGGAGCAGAAGUUCAGCCUUCAGUGGACAGGGGAAGACAAAUAGAUCAACCUCUGGAGACCAUGAGUCAUUCAGACAAAGAUCAAGAAGACACAGCAAACAGUGAAAAUAGUCCAGUAGAAAGAGAUGUGAACAAUGAAGGAGAUGAGACUGAAGCUGGAAGAGAAAACACAGACAGUGUGAUGGACGAAGAAAGACAACAAGAGCAGCUCAUAGGAAAAAGAAAUUCAGAAAAUAAUCUGCAGGCACAAGGUGGAGAGAAGAAUCUGCAGGAAGUUCAGUCUGAUCUGAACAAAGAGAUGGAAAAACAGACGUCAAAGCCGCAGGCGAAAGAAAAAGAUGAGGGAGAAUAUGAAAAACGAGUUGCUAGACUGAUGGGAAAGAAGACGAACCAAGAGGAGCAGAUAAAAGAUCUCAAAGAGCAGCUGGAGGAAGUGGAGAGAAAACUUCAGUUAAAGAAGGAAACGGAAGAAACACAGACAGAAGAAGAUGAGAAAGAUCUGGAGAAGAAGAAAGAAGAAGUUCAGAAAAAGCUAGAUAGACUAGAGAAGGCUCUGGAAAAAUCUAUUAAAGAAGCGGAUGUUAUGAUACAGAGGAAAAUGAAAGCAACUAAAGAAAAGGAGGAGAUGAUUAAUAAAUUGGAGAUGAACAGAAGUGAAAAUCAGAGCGAGUCAGAUGAAGAUCUUUGAUGAAACUCAAGUUAAAAUGGAGGGAAACAGGGUUGAUUGUUGUGAACGGGGUUUUCUUGAUGACUGAUUUAGAAUAGAAAUAGAAAAAUUGAAUUUAUUUUUUACAUUAUUUUUUGAAUAUUCUUCAUUUACUGGCCUGUGAAAGAAAAACUGUAAAAACUAAAUUAAAUUUUAAAAAACCCAGCUUAAAUCUGGUGGCAAAAGUUGCAGAAAAAAUAUGCUCAGGAGCACAGUCAAACACUGCAAAUUACAGCAAAUAUCAGUAAAAUAAUGACAUUUUAAGUGGAUUUAUAUUAAUUGAAAGUAUACUUUUACAGUCAUACAUUGAAGAAUAAGUUUGUAAGAACAUUUUUAUGAUGUGGUUAUGUACAGAUUUGGCCAGAUGUCUUUGUUCGUUGGAUUUUUUUUUUUUUUUUUUUACAGCUAACGUGUGAUACAGAAAUAACUCUCUGUAAUUUUACUACUUUUUGUCUGUAAUUUUGCAAUCCUAAUAUGCUUAAUUUUCCUUUCCAAUAACAACAAAUAUCUGUAAAGUAUUGAUAUUUUUGCUGCUUUUAAUACACCAAUUAAGUGUAAUUUUACAGUCAAACAUUGUAAAAUAGAAAAAAAUAUCUGAUUUUGUUUAUGUGGAUGUUAUUUACAGUUUUGAUCUGUUUCUGUACGUUUAACAUAUAAAUUAUUAUAUAUUUUGUGGGGUUUAACUAGAUAAUUGUCCAUCCAUCCAUUCUCUAUACACCACUUUAUCCUCAUUAGGGUCAUGGGGGGUGCUGGAGCCUAUCUCAUCUGACUCGGGCGAAGGCAGUGGACACCCUGGACAGGUCACCAGUCUGUCGCAGGGCCACAUAUACAGACACACAAUCACACUCGCAUUCACACCUACGGGCAAUUUAGAACAACCAAUUAACGUCAGCAUGUGUUUGGACUGUGGGAGGAAGCUGGAGUACCCGGAGAAAACCCACGCAUGAACAGGGAGAACAUGCAAACUCCAUGCAGAAAGAUCCCAUGCUGGGAUUUGAACUGGGGAUCUUCUUGCUGUAAGGCGAAAGUGCUAACCACUAGCCCACUGUGCAGCCCCUAGAUAAUUGUACAAAACAGAAAAUGUUCAAAAAGUACUGUCAUUUUUUCACAGUUUAGAUGUGUUGACAUGUUUUAUUUAAGGAAAAACACAGAAUACUGCCUGCUUGCUUUUCUGAAUGUUGUAGUAAUAUUUGGUUUUAUGAACUGACCCAAAUCGGUCUUUAUCUUGUGUGUAUCAUGCAUGUGUUUUACAUCAAUAAUUUCAGUAUGAAAUCUCAGAGCUCCUUUAUGUUUGACACUUCAGUUCUAUGUUUUUGUUCUUUUUCAUGUCCAUAGUUACAUUUUGUUCCACAUUUUAUGUGCUGUAGAGCUUCAUAUUUCAUAUCCCACAUAACAUGUCCAUUGUAUUUACUCAUAAGAUAUGGCUGCUGUUUUUCUGUAUUUUUCCACUCAUCCCAAAAAGAGAAAGACCGGCAAGUGUUGAUUUGUGUCUAAAUACAAUCUUGACAGCCUGUGACUGAAGAUUUGUGUAUAAAAAAAAUCUACAGAAAUAUAA